AUGAGGUUUCCGGUGUUGAUUCUUCUCCUAAGCAGUGUUUAUUGUGUCGAUCGAAAUAAUUUUAAGAAAUGUUCCGAUAGCUCAUUCUGUGUAAGACAAAGAAACUUCUGGCCAUCUUCACCAGAAUACAUUGUUGAUGUUGCAACAAUUUCGAAUAUUGAGAAUGUAAUUCAAUUUCAAUUAAUUAAAAAAUCUGAGUCCGAAAAUAGGCUCAGUUUCAACCUCACUUACCACAAUGGACGAACAUUCCGUCUUGUUUUGGAUGAGACGAACCCAAUUCGUCCACGAUUUCGUCCUCGCAUCGGUGACUCUUUAAUCAACGAACCUCAACCCCUUCCACUUAAAGUUCAAAAGAAUGAAUCUAAAAUUGUAAUCACCGCCAGCGCUCAAGACAAAGUGGUUAUUGAAACUAAUCCCUUUAAGAUCUCAAUCUUUUCAAAAGAUUCCAUGGAAAUGACUAUAAAUGACCGUGAUCUCCUCAAUUUUGAGCGCUAUUUGGGACCGCAAUUUGUAAAUCUUCCCCGACCCGAAGAAACUACAACAACAACCGCGGAUACCGUGACACUGCCACCUGAAAAUGAGUCCGAAUCCUCCCAAAUUCCGGAAUCUGCAAACCCAACAGAACCUCCACCAACUGGCCCCGUUCAAGUUGAUUGGUCAGAAUCUUUUAAUGGGCAUCGAGAUUCCAGACCCUAUGGUCCAACGUCCAUCGGUUUGGAUUUCACUUUUCACGGCUUUGAACAUGUCUUUGGUAUUCCCGAGCAUGCUGAUAGCUUUUCUCUUCGUGACACCAACAAAACAGAUCCUUAUCGCCUUUUCAAUCUCGAUGUUUUCGAGUAUGAGUUGAAUAAUCCAAUGGCUCUGUACGGUUCUGUACCGCUUAUGUGGGCUCAUAAGGCUAAUAGCACUGUCGGCUUAUUUAUCAAUAAUCCCUCUGAAGCCUGGAUCGAUAUUGAAUCUUCCCGAGAGGCUAAUAAUGGUGGUCUUCUCUUGAAUUUCUUCUCCAAACCAAAGCCUGUUCCAUCAUUCGUAAAAACGCGUUGGAUGUUUGAAACUGGCGUCUUUGACAUCUUUGUAAUUCUCGCUGAUAGUCCACACUCCGGUCUCAAGUCUUAUGCAGCGUUAACUGGGGUGACCCCGCUUCCCCCUCUGUUUGCCAUCUCUCACCACCAAAGUCGUUGGAAUUACCGCGAUCAGCAAGAAAUGAAAGCAGUUAAUGAUGGCUAUGUAACUCACUACCUGCCCGUGGAUACAUUCUGGUUAGAUAUCGAGUAUGCGAAUGGCAAGCGCUACCUCGACUGGGACGCGGUUAAAUUCCCAAACCCAGAUCAAAUGGUUGAUGACCUAACAGCAAAUGGCCGAAAACUCGUUGUCAUUUUCGAUCCGCAUAUUAAACUGGAUCACAAUUGGCCUACUUGUUCACAAGCUAAAGAGGGAGGCUUUUACGUGAAGAAGCCUGGUGGGAAGCCAACAACGGACUUUGACGGUUGGUGCUGGCCGGGUUCGAGCUAUUGGCCCGAUUUCUAUCGUGGAGAGGUGGUUAAUUGGUGGGCAAAUCUUCUUACUGAUGGUAAAUUCCUGAGCUCUGAUCGCAUGUUCUAUGUCUGGAACGAUAUGAAUGAGCCCUCUGUCUUCAGUGGUGCCGAGGUCACUAUCCCCAGGGAUACCAUUUUUGGUGGUGUUUGGGAGAAUCGUGAUCUGCACAAUCUCUACGGUCUCUGGGUGCACAACGCAACAUGGGAGGGUCUGUUGAGACGUUCCAAUCGCAGUGAACGACCCUUCGUACUUACUCGAGCCUUCUUUGCCGGUUCACAACGUACCAGUGCUGUCUGGACAGGUGACAAUUUCGCAUCGUGGGAACACCUUCAGGUAAGCCUAUGA